AUGAAGACGGGCGGUCUGAGUGAUUAUGCCGAUUUUGGCGAGGAGGACGCCAACUGCACACAAGGAAUUCAAUGGAUCAAGAACGUCUUCACCGAUUGCGUGGACACCGAUCUCAAACUCCUCGGCUUCAUCAUUGGACUGAUCUCACUGGCUCUUUGGUUGAUCCCCCUCUUCCCCCAACUGUGGCAGAACUACAAGACCAAAAAGUGUGAAGGCCUUUCGCUGGCAUUCCUCUUCUUCUGGCUUGUCGGUGACACGUGUAACAUGUUGGGAGCGAUUCUCACCAAUCAGCAGCCGAUUCAAAAGAUCAUCGGAGUCUAUUACAUCUUCCAAGAUCUCAUUCUAUGGGCACAAUACGGUUACUAUAUGAAGAUUUAUCAUAGACCUGCUACAACAUCUGGACGCUCUAACACUAUCGUCGUUCCUGUUCUCGCCUUAGCUUCCGUCGGAUCGUUUGUUUUGUUGGAUUCGGCAUCUCCAGUUGAGUCUACGCGGUUCAAGAGAUCUUUCCUCGAGUCGCUGAACCAUCAGAAAGGACUUCCACUCGAAGGAAUUCUGACGAUGUGGCCAAUCUUCACCUCUUACACUGAUAUGCUUGGAUACCUCAUUGGAUCCGUCGCCGCUCUCUGCUAUUUCGGUGGCCGAAUCCCUCAAAUCAUCAAGAACUAUCAGCACAGAUCAUGUGAAGGUCUCUCAUUGACCAUGUUCUAUAUCAUUGUCGCUGCUAACUUCACCUACGGUAUCUCUGUGCUCAUGGCUACGACCAGCUGGUUGUAUUUGUUGAGACACCUCCCCUGGUUGGCUGGAAGUCUUGGCUGCUGCUGUUUCGACGCCGUCAUUAUCUCGCAAUACUAUCUCUACCGCCCGAAGACGCCAUCGGCCGAAGAUACCGAACGCGCUGGUCUGCUGAACUCGCAAGAAGAUUCCGAUUAG